UUUUAUUAAAAUAGAAGGAUUAAAUAAUAAUUUUACAAGAAAAAGGAAGGAGCAGAGACUGCCGGUGUUUUUCGUUACCCGUCGAAGCUCUUAUCUUCUCUUAAUAGUUUAUACUAGAAAAGCAAAGGCAUGAACGAAAACGAUAAAGAACACUUCAGAAGCAAAGCAAGAAAACCGCAGCUAAAUCUCUAAAGCCUUCUCUGUCAAUUUUCAGUAGAUUCUAAUCUCAACAAACCAUGCGACCCCAAGAUCACCACCAGCAACCUCUACUGCUUAACCGAGGAGAAGAAGAUAAGGAAGAAGCAGAGGAGGAACAGGAAGCUGCUUAUGAUUCCGACGAGAAAGUCCACAUCGUCGGAAUCGAUGUCGACUCUGAUUCGGAGUACGCGCCUCCAUUCUCAUGGAGAAAGCUUUGGCUCUUCACUGGUCCCGGAUUUUUAAUGUCCAUAGCGUUUCUUGAUCCCGGUAAUUUGGAGGGGGAUCUUCAGGCUGGAGCAAUUGCUGGGUAUUCGUUACUCUGGCUUCUUUUGUGGGCCACGGCUAUGGGGCUCCUUGUUCAGCUCCUUGCGGCUAGGCUCGGCGUGGCUACUGGGAGACAUUUGGCAGAGCUGUGUCGAGAGGAGUAUCCUUCGUGGGCUCGCAUGGUGCUGUGGAUUAUGGCUGAGUUGGCUUUGAUAGGAGCUGAUAUACAAGAGGUUAUUGGAAGUGCAAUUGCUAUUAAGAUUUUGAGUAAUGGGGUUUUGCCUUUAUGGGCUGGGGUUAUUAUCACUGCUUGUGAUUGUUUUAUCUUCCUGUUUCUUGAGAAUUAUGGGGUGAGAAAACUGGAAGCAGUUUUUGCUGUUCUCAUUGCUACAAUGGCUCUCUCAUUUGCUUGGAUGUUUGGUGAUGCAAAACCCAACGGCAAGGAGCUUCUUAUGGGUAUCCUAGUUCCUAAACUUAGCUCCAAAACAAUACAACAGGCUGUUGGAGUUGUGGGUUGCAUUAUCAUGCCUCAUAAUUUAUUUUUGCAUUCUGCUCUUGUACAGUCAAGGGAUGUUGACCACACAAAGAAAGGCCGGGUUAAAGAAGCUCUCAGAUACUACACCAUAGAAUCUACAAUAGCUCUUAUUGUAUCGUUCAUUAUCAAUUUAUUUGUCACAACCGUGUUCGCAAAAGGUUUUUAUGGUACAGAUCUGGCAAAUAGUAUUGGCCUUGUGAAUGCUGGGCAAUACCUUCAAGAGAAAUAUGGGGGUGGACUUUUCCCAAUUUUAUACAUAUGGGGUAUUGGGCUAUUAGCAGCUGGCCAGAGUAGCACAAUUACUGGCACUUAUGCAGGGCAGUUUAUUAUGGGAGGUUUCCUGAACCUGAGAUUGAAAAAAUGGCUCAGGGCAUUGAUCACCCGAAGCUGUGCAAUUGUCCCUACUAUGAUUGUUGCACUUGUAUUCGAUACAUCUGAGGACACACUGGAUGUUCUAAAUGAAUGGCUAAAUGUUCUUCAAUCGAUUCAGAUUCCUUUUGCACUUAUUCCUCUUCUUUGUUUGGUCUCCAAGGAGCAAAUCAUGGGAACUUUCAAAAUUGGUUCUGUUCUUAAGAUGGUAUCGUGGCUCGUGGCAGGACUGGUGAUAGUAAUCAACGGUUAUCUUCUGAUCGACUUUUUCUCCAAUGAAGUGAACGGAGUAAUUUUUGCCACGGUGGUAUGCAUUUUCACUGGUGCAUAUGUAGCAUUCAUAGUUUACCUUGCUUCCAGGGGAAUCACCUUUGCUUCAUGGUGGGGUCCACCUAAACAUGUAGAGGCAGUUGAGUAACCAUCCCACAGUUGCAAAAAGUUUCAAUCAUACACCAUAUAUUGUCACCAACACAUUUGAUAGAUGGUCAAAGUGUAAUUUGUCUGGAAUAACCUUUACAUUUUCAAGCACAGAAUUUACCUCUUGCAUACUUCUGGGGCUAGCUGUGUACAAAAUUCACUUACUGUACUUCUGGGUUUUUGCUUUGUAUCAUAGAACUUCUAAAGUGUACCAAUGACUGGAAGAAGCAUGGCUUGCAAACUAAGCAGGCUUUUUCAAUCUGCUGUGGUUGCCAUACUGCAACUUUCAUUGGUAGGUAAGGUUGCUUUAUUUAACUCAGCUUUGAACUCUCCAAUGAAAUUAGAUAGAGGAUGUUUCCA